UUGAUUUAUGUCUGUUUCGCUGCCCUUGCAUUGACCCUGAGGGAGGGCUGUGUGGGAAGUUGGUGUGUGAGAUUAUAGAGAGGGCUGAUGUAGAUGUGGGUUCUGCAGAGCGUCUGGAGCCGGAGUAUAUGCAGGGAGACUGAUAAAUAGCCAGGAGAAAUACAUCAAGCUUAAUAAGCCUAGUCCAGCUUGUAGUGGUGACUCCAUCUGGAGAGAUCUGCGUUUCACCAUUUCUCUGUGCAGGAUUUUUCUGUAGCCAACUGUGACUAACUGGUUUUGAUGAGACAGUGGGAAGAGCUGGAGCAGACUAUGGCAAACAGUUAUGUAACCGUUUCUGAUGCAUACUGUGUUGCAGAGCCAUUACCUUACUAUGAUGUCCUGCCAGAGCACAUUAAUUAUCAACUUCCAGAUUCAGACUUUCAGACGACCCCUUUCUGUCAGUAUACAAAUGUGCAGUAUUCACCAGUGUUGCAAUCACCAUCGUCACAGUGCCACUACAACACAUACAGCCUGGAGACUGCAUACGGUGAUGGACAGUAUGUACUUAGCACAUGUGAAAUGAGUAAACCUUCAUCUGUGAUCUCUUAUGGUUCAGAGGAGGUGUAUCCAACAAUAAAAAGGCCGAGAAUUAGUCACACUAACAUACGGAUGAAAGGACAUGAAGAGCUUUGUGUGGUAUGCGGAGAUAAGGCAUCUGGAUACCAUUACAAUGCACUCACCUGUGAAGGGUGCAAAGGUUUCUUCCGUCGCAGUAUUACCAAGAAUGCUGUGUAUAGAUGCAAAAAUGGUGGGCAUUGCGAGAUGGACAUGUAUAUGCGACGGAAAUGUCAGGAAUGUCGUCUGAAAAAGUGCAAGGCUGUAGGCAUGCUAGCAGAAUGCUUGUUAACUGAAGUACAAUGCAAGUCAAAGAGGCUUCGAAAAAAUUGCAAGCAAAACAGCUCCAUCUUUUGCAAUGUAAAGCUGGAAGAUGAUGGAAGUGAUAGCAGACACGUGUCAUCAACUACAAAGCCAAGCAAAGUUACCCGACUAGAACUCACAGCUGAAGAAUGCAAACUGAUUGAUCAUAUAGUAGCUGCUCACCAAAAAUAUGGCCUUCCUAUGAAUGAACAAAAGCUAUUUCUAGAAGAGUCUGCAAAUCCAGAUGAAAUAUUUUACCAAAUCUCAGAGGCAGCUGUUCUUCACGUGCAAGUCCUUGUAGAAUUUACUAAAAGAUUGCCAGGAUUUGACAUGUUGGAUCAUGAAGAUCAGAUUGCUCUCCUAAAAGGCUCCACAGUUGAAGCAAUGUUUUUACGUUCAGCACAGAUAUAUAAUCAACAAACAGGAUGCUCUCUGCCAGCCAAUGACGGUUUUGCAAGAUACCAAAGCCCUGAAGUAGAAUAUUCUCACAUCCAGGAUUUUGACAGAUGUCCUUUAUAUUCUUUAGAACAACCUACUCACCACGAUCAUCCUGCAUCUUCUACAGAUAUCACUGAAGAAUUCAUUACUCCACUUUUCAACUUUUACAGAAGUAUGGGAUCCUUAAAUGUGACUGAAACUGAAUAUGCCUUACUUUCAGCAAUAACAGUAUUUUUUUCAGAUCGUCCACUCUUAAAGAACAAGCAACGAGUAGAAAAAUUUCAGGAACCCCUCUUAGGAGUUUUACACAAGUAUUCGAAGAUUUAUCAUCCAGAUGAUCCACAGCAUUUUGCACGUCUGAUUGGACGACUUACUGAGCUUAGAACCCUUAAUCACAAUCACUCUGAAGUAUUAUUAACAUGGAAAGCAAGAGACAGCAAACUCACUUCAUUGCUGUAUGGUGUUUGGGAUUUACAAUGAAGUUUUUAAUCUCACUUAUCUGGGUUGAACUACUAAUUUAUGUAAAUGCCUCAUUUGAGGUUAUAUUUUUUUCAUGGAUAUCAAUCUAAAACAUAUUGAUUUUAAAAUCUAGCUACAUUAAAAAGCAUUGUGAUGCAUGGAUACUUACCGUAGAA